ACAUCCACAAAUUUUGCGCUUUAGCCCUUCCGAUGAUAACUCAGGUCAUACGGGGCAAAUUCUCUAAACUUCUGUUACUUGAACUUUCGAAAUCAACCGGUCGUAUCCGAACUGAGUAGAAAAUGCAACCGAUAGCCCAUAACUCGCCCAAUCAAGAUCAACGCCAGGUUUUUGGUAAUGGCACUGCCGACUCACGAUCAGGAAGUGAUCAAGAUUCCUCAUAUCCAACCCUGGAUUUAACAGCUGCUGAACCAUCACUGGAGCAAACGAUCAGGUUCUCGAUUUUGUUGGAAAUGAAGAAGGUGCAAAUGGAUGCUGGUCAGUGGGAGCAAGAGGCAAUCAUGUGGCAGCAGGAAGCUGUCAAGUGGAAAAUGGAGGCCGCCCGGUUGGAGCAAGAAGUCACCGAGUUAGAACACAUCACGAAGUUGAACCAUAAAGUCGACAACAUGAUCCGGAAGGUCGACAGGUUGAACCAGGCGGUCAACAAAUUAAGCCGGGAUAUCGAUAUGACGCAACAAACCGCCAUGGGAUGAAGGCAAC